CGCCCCGCGGCGCGGCACGCACGGGGAGGCGCACAGGUGGGCGGGUUCUAGCGGCGGGGCCUCUGGGCGGUGGGAAUCUAUAGUCGCUCUUUUGGAGGUGGCUCACGCGGUUCGCACGUUCUGCCGGGCAACAUGGCGGAUAUGGAAGCAGUUACUUUGCCCAAGAAGCAUAAAAAGAAAAAAGAAUCCAAGUCAUUACCAGAAGAAGAUGUUGCAGAAAUCCAACACGUUGGAGAAUUUCUCAUCAAACCUGAAUCCAAAGUGGCUCAGUUGGACACAUCUCAGUGGCCUCUGUUGCUAAAGAAUUUUGAUAAGCUAAAUAUAAGGACGACACACUAUACGCCUCUUCCUUGUGGUUCAAAUCCUCUGAAGCGGGAGAUUGGUGAUUAUAUCAGGACAGGGUUCAUUAAUCUUGACAAGCCCUCUAACCCCUCUUCCCACGAGGUGGUAGCCUGGAUCCGACGAAUACUUCGGGUGGAGAAGACAGGACACAGUGGUACUCUGGAUCCCAAGGUGACCGGCUGUUUAAUCGUGUGCAUAGAACGAGCCACUCGCUUGGUAAAAUCGCAACAGAGUGCAGGCAAAGAGUAUGUGGGAAUUGUCCGGCUGCACAAUGCUAUUGAAGGGGGGACUCAGCUUGCUAGGGCCCUUGAAACUCUGACAGGCGCCUUAUUCCAGCGCCCCCCACUUAUUGCUGCAGUAAAGAGGCAACUCCGAGUGCGGACCAUCUACGAGAGCAAAAUGGUUGAGUAUGAUCCUGAAAGAAGAUUAGGAAUCUUUUGGGUGAGUUGUGAGGCCGGCACCUACAUUCGGACGCUGUGCGUACACCUUGGUUUGUUACUGGGAGUUGGCGGUCAGAUGCAGGAACUUCGGCGGAUUCGUUCUGGAGUCAUGAGCGAGAAGGACCACAUGGUGACAAUGCAUGACGUGCUCGAUGCCCAGUGGCUGUACGAUAACCACAAAGAUGAGAGUUACCUGCGGCGAGUUGUUUACCCUCUGGAAAAGCUGUUGACAUCUCAUAAACGGCUGGUUAUGAAAGACAGCGCAGUGAACGCAAUCUGCUAUGGGGCCAAGAUCAUGCUUCCAGGUGUGCUGCGAUAUGAGGACGGCAUUGAAGUCAACCAGGAGAUCGUGGUCAUCACCACCAAAGGGGAAGCUAUUUGCAUAGCUAUUGCAUUAAUGACCACAGCAGUGAUCUCUACCUGCGACCAUGGGAUAGUAGCCAAGAUCAAGAGAGUGAUCAUGGAAAGAGACACUUACCCUCGGAAGUGGGGUUUAGGUCCAAAGGCCAGUCAGAAGAAGCUGAUGAUCAAGCAGGGCCUUCUGGACAAGCACGGCAAGGCCACAGCCAGCACACCCACCACCUGGACACAGGAGUAUGUUGACUACAGUGAUGCCGUGAAGACAGAGGCAGUUGCUUCACCAGUAAAGGCCACAAAGCGGAGUCGAGAGAGUGAAAGUGAUGAGACUUCGCCAGAGCCAGAGUCUCCAGAGCCGGUCAGGGAGAAGGAGAAGGAGAAGGAGAAGAAAAAGAAGAAGAAGGAGAAGAAGACCAAAGCCGCUGCAGAGGGUGCCGGCGAGGCAGCCGAUGGGGACAGUGAUACCACCAAAAAGAAGAAGAAGAAAAAGAAAAUCAAAAUGGAAGUCGUUUCUGACUAGUGGAGAUGACUUUAAGCUAUGUGCCCAGCUGGGAGGAGAAAUUAAAGCCUGAGAAAACAUAGUUCCUUCUGUUCGUAAAGGGUGAGAGCUGAGGCACAUUUAGCUGCUAGCCGAGACCUGAGUGAUGUUACCUGGUGUGGUCAUCCCAUCUUGUCCUGUUUUAAGGAUAUGGGUGCAGGAGGCAGAUUGGAUACCACCCACUUCUCUCCUUGGUAGUGGGGAAGCCUCGCCUUCAGACCCUGCACUGCCUGGUAACCAGCACAGCUGUUUCCUGACAGCUGUUCUAACUCCAUCCUCCUCUACUCGUUUGCUUCUGCCACUCCCCCAUGCCCUUCUGUUAAAAAAGUUGAUAGCAAUCGCACCGUGAAACGGUGUAGAGCAAGUAAAAGAAUAGGACAACCUGUUUGCUGGGGUAAAUCUCCAGCGUGUUAUGAGGAAAGUGGGCUAGGCUGGUGUCAGCGCCACCUUUGUUAUUCCAUCGGCUGGCAAGGACUCCUGGUCUUCCACCUUUCUAGCUAUUCCUAUCCCCCUGGCCUAGCAGUUGGUGCACUUCAGCUUGGGUACAGCCUCAUGUACCUCGGUCCAUCUGACUACUUGUGUUUGUGACAAAAUCCAAAAUGUAUUCUCUUAUUUCUACCCUCUUUCUUUCAAAGGAUGCAAUCGGUCCUUGCUGGGAGAAGGUGGUUGUAAUUUUUACUUAUUAAAGUUUGCUUACUGUGUUUUUUUUAAAGUAUUCCUGUUGGGUUUUCUAAUUGAUGGUGGUCUCAGACUAGCAGAACAAAAAAAUAUAAAGUACUUUGAUUAAAAA